GUCGGCGAAAUCUAAGUGUUCUAAACCGAAUAUUGUUUGGGGCUACCAGGCUCAGCCAUGUUCAGGUUAAAUGCCUAAUAAACCACACAAAGUAAAAGUAGGUUCCAAAGCUUGGUACGCCAGAAAGCAGAUAAAUCAAAUAUGUCUGGUUUCAAGCUAACGCUGCUAGUCAUCUUCAGCAUCUUCGGACAAGGGAGGACUAAGUUGUCAGUCAAUGUUCAACCGGGAAAGGUGCUUGAGCCCAAAGGCAGCUCCAUCUUCAUAGACUGCUCUGCUAGUGGAACAACCAAACCAGUAACUAUCACGUGGUCAUUUAGCGGGGAGGCGAUUGAGAAUACUGAGGAAAGAGGUGUUUUCCCAAACAACACAUUAUAUAUAAAGAAUUUCAAGAAGUCUCAGAAAGGAUCGUACAGUUGUAAUGCCAAAACUGAUGCGUCUUCGGAGACUGCCGUCGUUAAAGUGGAGUAUGCAUUUUUAAAGAGAAUCCCUCCAAUGGAAGAUCGUAUUGAAUUUAGUAAUAAAGUUUCGACAAUCACCUGCCCAGAAUCAAAAGCCUUUCCCGCACCAAAAAUUCGAUGGGAGGCCGAUGGGAAAGAGCUGCCCACGGACGCAAGGUACAAACUUGAUGGUCGUUCACUCUCGAUUCAUGCUUUGAAGUCCGAAGACUCCCGCAACUACACGUGUGUAGCGGAGAAUUUAGCUGGCGUGCAGAGGCAAUCAAUGCAUUUGCAAGUGUACGUACCCGGUUCAAAUGACGUUACUCCAAAAAUUGUGGAAGUAUUGGAAAAGAAAGCAGCCUCGUUUCAGUGCAAGUCCAACGCGAAGCCUCCUUUUCCUAGCAAGCUUUUUGUAUGGAUAAAGAACAAUAAAGACGUGGUAAAGACUACUGAUAGAAUUGUAAUAUCUCCAGACAACGGAACCUUGACUUUCAAAUCAGUAGAGGCAUCUGACAAUGGAACAUAUGCCUGUAGUGUAUCAAUGGUUUCGUCUUCGAACGACAGAAUGGACUUUAAAGACGAUUGCAAUCUCAUAGUGUUAAGAUAUCUCGUGUUUGAUCCAGUCAAGUUUCGGAAAGUUCAAAGCUUGGAUCGCAAAAGCACGAAGGUCCAUUCGGUAGUAUGUGCCUUCAUUGGAGACGGAUCAAUAAGUGUAACAUGGAAAAAGAGCGGCGUCGCCUCCCUGCCAAGUCAUAUGAAACCAGUGGGGAAUUCUCUUGUUAUAAAUGAUAUUCAGGCUUCUGACGGGGGUCAGUACGAGUGCAGUGCAACUGGCCCAUAUAAUUCUAUUAAAGCUACAAUAACAGUAGUAGUUUUUGAGGGUGUAGAGUUUACAAAAAAGCCCACCAACAUCACGAUUUCAGAGGGAGAAUCUGGUCAGACAUCUUGUGAGGGAAAGGGGAAGCCGAUGCCAAAGAUAACUUGGGCAAAGGCGGAGACCAACAGUGCCCUGCCGAAGAAUUUCAGAGUCGUAAAAAACAAGACUUUGGUUGUAAACAGUGCCGAGAAGUCCAAUGGGGGGACUUACUUCUGCAUGAUUGCUAACGGACAGACCUCAAGAAACGUGGAGUUUGAAGUCAUUAUUGCACAGAGCAAAAAGAAGCCCCAGAAAGGGCAACAGUCAAUGGGUCGUACAGUUGGUAUUGCGGUUGGCUGUGCAGGAGCAUAUAUUGUGUUGGUUAUUGGUCUUAUGAUUUACUGCAGGAGCCGGCGUUCAAGGAUGCUAAAGAGGCAAGGUAACAUAGCAACGGAAAUCGAAGACGGUGAAUUCAACAAGGACUUACUUGAAAAUGGCGAUGAAGAAUACCCAAUGAAUGGUGAUUUGAGGCAUUUGGAAAAAUGGCACUUCCCGAGAGAGGAUGUGUCAAAGGAACAAGUUUUGGGACAUGGAAAGUAUGGUGAAGUAUACACUGCGAAGGUGAGCGGAAUCUGUGAAGGCACAGUGGUUGCGGCAGUGAAGCAGUUACCGAAAGGAAACGAGGCAUCUCGCAAAGAGUUUGACCAAGAGUUGGAGAUGUUGACUCAACUUCAGAACGAGCACGUCAUCAAGCUGCUGGGCGUAUGUUUCAAGGACUUCCCGUUGCUGAUGAUAACCGAAUACAGUGAACACGGUGACUUAAAACAAUAUCUGUCAAGCCACGAGAGUAUUGGCUUGCCUGUAAAAUUGAGCAUAUGCUCGCAAAUCGCCAAAGCAAUGGAGUACCUUUCAGCUAAUGGCAUUAUCCACCACGAUCUUGCCUGCCGUAACUGUGUUGUCAUGUCGGAAGAUUGUCAUCUGAAGGUUGCAUUCUUCAGCAUAAGUGAAGACCUGUACGUCGAUGACUACUGUUUGUACAACGAUGCUCAUGUGCCUCUGCGUUGGCUCAGCCCAGAGGCGCUCUUUAAAGAAGAAUAUUCAGAGAAAAGUGGAGUCUGGGCAUUUGGUGUCGUGAUGUGGGAAAUCUAUAACAACUGCAAACGGCCUUACCCUGGCAAAAGUGAUGAGGAGGUAGUCAAAUGUUUAAAGAAGAAGAACCAAUUCGAUACAUCGGAUAGUAUCCCCAAGCAGUUGAGUAAGUUGGUGAAGAAUUGUGUUCGAAUUAAUCCAGACGAAAGGCCUAAGUUUGCUGACAUGGUUUUGGAGAUAGAGAGCAUUCCUUCUGACAGCAGUGUCUGAAACUCGACUUGCAAAAAUAAUCUGCGAACACAGCUAGCCUGCUGAAGAAAUGCUUGAUCAACAACAAGAACAACGCUCGAAGAGCUAGAGAAAACUUGUUGCUAGACGAAACAUAUGUUCAGAACAGCAGGAACGUCCCCUGUUGACGAAACAGGAUUUUUAAAAUGACACUUUUUACCAAUUCUUAUGAACUGGUUCAUGAGCGAACCUAUUCUUGGAUAAUUUCAUCUUUCGGGACACCAACGAAAGUCUUGCAAAACGUGAUGUGAAUAGAUGAAGUAAAAGAUAAUUAAGAUAUUUUGUUGUUAAUCGUGAAAAUUAGGUAGGUAAUUGUAGAUAUUACGUUCAAUUCUAGUCUUUCAAGGCUCUUGUGACAGGAUAUUCCUGGUCGUACCCCAUAUCUGUUUUGUUUUUGUAAGCAGAAUUGCGACCAUGCGCAGAAGAGGAGUUCCUUUUGUUUGGUAAUUCCCCAGCUGUAAAGGAAUUUCUGGCUUCGUCUAAAUACAUUGCUUACAUCCCGGAAUUGAGUGUCUCUUUCUGAAGAUACUAAGAUUUUAGGGACGAUGUAGUGCCUUUUACUUGGCAGGUGAACAUUUAAAAAGUACUGUGCACUUUGAAGGGAGGCCAUUUAAACCUUGUUACAUGCUAUCAAUAGCUGAAUUUUAGUAACAGACCACCAUAAGGCUGAUUUCCACGAUCUGCGUUAAACCAAGGAUAACGAAGGUCACUUUUUACCAACUAGGAAUAUGAAAUCGACUUUUCCUGUAUACCAAUGUAGCAUCGUCUUUGGUUAUUUCACCUUUAUCGUUCAUAAGCCACGUAGCUGCUCUUGCUUUUUUAUCAUUCAAUUAUGAGUAAGUGAUUUUGCAUAACGACCCGGUAGCUUUCGUGGCAUUUUGUGACACGCGGAAAAUUGCAUUGACAUACCACGCAUUGGCAUUUCUACGCAUUUCAGAAAGGGACGGGAAAUUUUUUUUAUUCUUAUUGCCAUUAGUAUUCAUUUCUUCGACGUUUUUUUAAUGUAUUGAAUUAUUCAUCUUCCAUUUUCAUAAAUGAAGUUUACAAGAUUUGCUGUUA